AUGGCUUUAUUUAGGGGCCUUGCCCUUGUGGGUAUUACGAUUAUUGCUGUUUUCCUCUUCUUCGAAAUUGCCAUAGCAAAUACAGAUAUAAAUCAAAACCAAGGAGAAAGCGUUAUUCCGUUACGCACUCAUUCCAUCUAUACCAAGAUCUUCAGAACCGUUGGUUCGACUUCGGUGCCGACACAGUCGUCAACACCAAUAGGCAUAUACGACUUACUCAGGACAGACAAUCUCAAACAGGCUGAAUUCGAAUUCAAGAUCGACGGUGAAAAUCCUAAUCUUUAUGGUGAUGGAAUGGCUGUAUGGUUUACCACGGAUCGCGCAAAACCUGGUCCUGUCUUUGGAUUCAUCGAUAAAUUUGAGGGUUUGGGCAUAUUCUUCGACACAUAUGCAAACUCGAGGCAACCACAUUCUUUUCCUUAUGUAAUGGCUAUGAUGGGCGACGGCAACACUGAAUAUGAUCAUGACAACGACGGUAAAGCCAAUCAUCUUGCUGGAUGCGAAGCUGAUAUAAGGGGUAGACCUAUCGCCACAAAAGCACGUAUUACUUAUUACAAGAACACUUAUCUCGAGGUUAAAUUGCAAUAUAGAGCAUGGGAUCAAUGGGAACCAUGUUUUACUAUUCCUAAUGUUACUCUCCCUGCGGUUGCCUAUCUAGGCUUCAGUGCAUUAACCGGCGACGUUAGCG